UGUCGUCCUCGCUGCACGUCGGGGAGUCGGCGUGCCCUCUGCUCUCACUUUUCAAAUCUCACCAUGUUCGGAAUGCGUAAAUUCGGUUUUCUCGUCGGAUGUAUCGGUUACGUGGCUGCUUUGUCGGUUCUUCGGCCAGAAAAGGUUCUUGAAGGAAUUUCCAGCUCUCCAUCUCACCACGUUGCGCGCCGACAGGCCUCCACGGGAAACCUCCAAAGCCCUGCGAUUCUCCGUCAGGGGGACAGCAUUUUGGGCGGCCAUCGCUUCCAGCUCGGACCAAGUGAGGAAACCGGACAGGGACUCCAGAAUCGCCCUGACUCCUCCGAGGACUCGAGUCUUGAGUCUAAGGAUUCGAACACUCGAGCCGCUCUAAAACCAGAGGACUCCGGGAGUGAGGCGCCGAGGAUAGCGCUAAGGACGUCUCCAAUCCAGGCCCGCACGCGCGCAGCCGGUGUCGUUUCCCCCGCCUCGCCGGCCCCCCCAGCGACACCAGAGCCAGCCAAUGCAACCGAAGCUACGCCGGAGGUAACAAACUUUGCAAGAUCCCUCACCGUUGCCGAGACGACGCCCCUGCCCGGCGCUCCUUCGCCCUUUGACCCCAGCUCGGAGCUCUUUGACAUUGGGACGCGAGUGAUUAUCACGGCGCCCCCGAGACCCUGUCCGGGAGUGUGUGAAUUCCGCGCCAGGAAUGGUCGCUGUUUCGAGAACUUCAGGUGCUUCCAAGAACUGUUCCUCUUGUAAACAAAAUUCUUAGUCUUCCAGGUAUAUGCAUUUUUCACAAUCCAGGUUCACAAAUCAGGUAUUUUCGGUAAUGUAGUCUCAUGCUACUGUUAUCUAGAUGAGCUUCUUUUGUACAUAGGAUUAUUUCAGUACAUGCGUUUCCAAUUUAUAAUAUACGCCUUUUAAGUGUAUUCUUGAUUUUUUUCUAGGUUUUGAAAUCCAUUGCCAAUUUUUAUUUUUUCAUGUGUAAUUCUCACAUAUAAUACGGGCAUUUUUGUACAUAAAGUGUUACCGACUUAUGUCAUACACCCAUAGUGUAUAUAGAUGGACAAAAUAACAUAUUUUGCUAUC